AUUGUUUUGUGGGCUCUAUUUGUUUGUGAGUAUUGUUGCAGUAAUUUCAUGUGAGCAAAUACUUGAAAGUACCUUGAUGAGUAAAGAUGCAGAGGCCAUGGAAGCAGAAGGUAAACAGUUUAAAAGGUUGGGCAAGUGCCGGUCAAAAAGUAAGCUAGAUUACCCUCUUGAUUGUGGGGCUGAUGCUGAUGCGGAUCAGAGUAGUCAAACGAUGUCAUCCUUGCGUGAGGAAAAAGUCAGCAGCCUUCGAACCGGGUUAGUCCAUGUUGCCCGGAAGAUGCCAAAGAAUGCACAUGCUCAUUUUGUACUUGGCCUAAUGUACCAAAGGAUGGGUCAAGCUGAGAAGGCAGUUGUGGCAUAUGAGAAGGCUGCUGAGAUUUUGAUUCGUUCUGAAGAAGAAAUUGACCGCCCAGAGUUGCUUUCAUUGGUUCGGAUUCACCAUGCACAGUGUAUUUUGUUGGGAAGCUUAGAAGAGUGCAAGUCAGACAAAGAACUUGAACCGAAAGAACUUGACGACAUUAUUCUGAAGCUAAGGGAGUCUAUGGAUUCUGAUAUAAGACAGGCACCUGUCUGGAACACUCUGGGACUUGUACUUCUUAAAACUGGACGUUUUCAGAGUGCUAUAUCAGUUUUUUCUACUUUGUUAGCUGUUGAACCCAACAACUUGGAUUGCCUGGGAAACCUUGGGAUUGCUUAUUUUCAGAGUGGGAAUAUGGAGCUUUCAGAGAAGUGCUUGCAAGAUCUGAUUUUGAAAGAUCAAAACCAUCCUUCUGCUUUUAUCAAUUAUGCAGCCCUUCUUUUGUGUAGAUAUGGUUCAUUAAUUUCUGGUGCUGGAGCAGGUGCCAAUGAUGGAGGGGCUUCUGAAGAACAAGUUACAGCAGCUAACGUUGCUAAAGAGUGUUUGUUAGCUGCGGUGAAGUCAGAUCCCAGAGCAGCACAUCUAUGGUCGAAUCUAUCUAAUGCAUAUUUCUUGAUGGGUGAUCAUAGAAGUGCGAGUAAAUGCUUAGAAAAGGCAGUGAAACUAGAGCCCAAUUGUUUAGCUACAAGAUAUGCUGUUGGAGUUCACCGAAUCAAGGAUGCAGAAAGGUCUCAAAAUCCAAGUGAACAGCUCUCUUGGGCUGGAAAUGAAAUGGCUUCCAUACUUCGAGAAGGGGAAUCCUCGGUGAUUGAGCCUCCCAUAGCUUGGGCAGGCCUUGCUAUGGUUCACAAGGCUCAGCAUGAGAUAGCUGCAGGCUUUGACAUUGAGAAUGACGACUUGUUGGAAAUCAAAGAACGUGCUACAGACAGUCUGAAACAGGCAAUAGCACAAGACCCCGAUGACGCGGUCCAGUGGCACCAAGUUGGCCUUCAUGGUCUCUGUACGCAACAAUUCAAAACAUCACAGACGUACUUUAAAGCUGCAGUUGCGCGUCUUAAGGAGUGCAGUUAUGCUUGGUCAAAUCUUGGUAUCUCAUUGCAAUUGUCUGACGAUUCUCCGCAUGCAGAAGAAGCUUAUAAACGUGCCUUGUCACUGGCUACAUCUCAACAGGCACACACUGUAUUAUCCAACCUCGGCAAUCUCUACCGGCAGCUACGACAAUAUGAACGUGCAAAGGCAAUGCUUACCAAGUCACUUGAACUGCAACCAGGUUAUGCUCCAGCAUACAACAAUCUAGGUCUUGUGUUCGUGGCCGAACGGCGUUGGGAGGAAGCCAGAUACUGCUUCAACAAGGCUUUUCAAACGGACCCCUUGUUGGAUGCUGCAAAGUCCAACAUGAUCAAAGCAGCCAACAUGUGUAGAGUAUAUUCAACCUUAAACUCAAGUUUGAGUUGAAAACUAACUGGUAGUAAUUGUAGUCUACUUCUUGUCUAAAAAAGAAAAUUGUAGCUACUUCUUUUUCCCACCCUGAAGUUGCCGACUUGUACAUAACUUUUGUAUUCAACAUGGCUCCUUGUUUGGAAAGCCAUUUUUCCUCAAAAAAAUUUUCCGUUUUCCGUGAA